CGCCCGGGCCGGAGCCACGGCGACAGCGGCUGCCGGCGGCCGCGCAGCCAGCACGGCGGGGCCGGAGGAGGAGCAGCUGCCCGCGGGAGCUCAGCUCCCAUGAAAGAGAAGCAGGAGGAUGGAUUAUGGAGGCUGUGAGCUCCUGGUUCCCUGUGGCAAAGACAAAUACAUCUCCAAAAAUGAGCUGCUCUUGCACUUGAAGACCUACAACAUCUACUAUGAAGGGCAAAACCUGCAGCUGCGGCACCGGGAGGAAGAAGGAGAGCUCAUCGUGGAAGGGCUGCUCAACAUCUCCUGGGGCUUGCGGCGACCUAUCCGGCUCCAGAUGCAGGACGACAACCAACGCAUCCGCCCCCCCCCCUCCUCCUCCUCCUGGCACUCCGGCUGCAACCUGGGAGCUCACGGGUCGGUGCUGAAGCCCAGCACCCUGCCAGACAUCCACGUCACGGAGGCGGAGCCCACGCGGAGCACGGAGCCUCCUCCCGGGAGCGGCGCAGCCAGCAAGCCGGCGGCGGAGGAGGCACCGCAGCUGAUGCGGACGCGCAGCGACGUGGGGGUGCGGCGCAGGGGCAGCUCCCGCACGCCCAGCGAGCAGCGCCGCAUCCGCCGCCACCGCUUCUCCAUCAACGGCCACUUCUACAACCACAAGACGUCCGUGUUCACGCCGGCGUACGGCUCCGUCACCAACGUCCGGAUCAACAGCACCAUGACCACCCCCCAGGUCCUCAAGCUGCUGCUCAACAAGUUCAAGAUUGAAAACUCAGCAGAGGAGUUUGCUCUGUACAUCGUUCACACCAGUGGAGAGAAGCAGAAGCUCCGAGCCAGCGACUACCCCCUGAUCGCCCGCAUCCUGCAGGGGCCCUGCGAGCAGGUCUCCAAGGUCUUCCUCAUGGAGAAGGACCAGGUGGAAGAAGUCACCUAUGAUGUUGCCCAGUACAUCAAAUUUGAGAUGCCUGUCCUCAGGAGCUUCAUCCAGAAGCUGGAGGAGGAGGAAGAUCGUGAAGUGAAGAAGCUAAUGCGCAAAUACUCCAUCCUCCGGCUGAUGAUCGAGCAGAGGCUGGAGGAGAUCUCUGAAGGUCCCACAGCCAUGUGAAAUGCUUCAGCUGGAGGAGAUCUCUGAAGGUCCCACAGCCAUGUGAAACGCUUCAGCUGCAGCCUGGCUCAGGGCUGCACCACACAAAGAUCCAAUGCACUGUACCAAGCCCCACACCACCAUCGCUCCUGGAACGCUCCCGAUGUCUGCCUGGAUCAUGCCUGCUCUGAGCCAACCCAUCCCUCACACCCUGUGCAGCACCCUUGGGCACGUCCCCUCUGCCAACUAGGAGGGGGAGGCUCCCAGCAAGGCUCUGGCCAGUGGCAGCUUCAGCCAGAACCUCAAAUCCCUGGAAACAAUCAGUGGAAAACCAGGAGGAAAUUCAGGAGCAGCACAAAGCCACCGCGGCCAGGCACCGGCUGCAAGCCUGUGAUAGACUCAUGGAAUGCUUUGGGCUGGAAGGGACCUUCAAGAUCAUCCAGUCCCAACCCCCUGCCACGGGCAGGGACACCUCCCACCAACCCAGGUUGUUCAAGACCCCAUCCAGCCUGGCCUUGAACACCUCCAGGGAGGACACAUCCAUGACUUUGGGACUGAAGUCAGCGAUGCUCCCUCCAGCGAUGCCCACUCAUGGCUCCUGGUGGAGGAGCCACAGGAGAGCACAACUAAUCCCUCUUUGUACACACAGAGAAGCACAUUCCUACUGCAAUAAUUGCCAGGUGAAGGGAAGCUCCUGGAAAUCCAAAGGGUGGGGCUGAGAACUGGGGGUAAGGGAGGGGGAAUUAACUCUUGCAAGGAUGGGGACUGAUGGAUUUAUGGCCUAAAUCCCAUUUUCCCAGCACCUUCCCUUAACCUGCAUCUGGCCACAUCACUCCCUCUGCCCCUCCCCUUCUAAUUUGCACUAAUGUUAAGGGUUUUUAAACUCACACACACACACACACACAGAGGAUGUCAAACCUCUCUGGAAGCCAUGACACAUGCUGUGUGGGAGGAGGAGGAGGAGGGGGGGAGGGAGGCAGGAAUGAAGAAAGUGUUAAGUAGCAAAUUGGUUUUGCAGUGCUGCCAGCUCAUCAUCCUGGUGCCACUGGCACUGGCUCUGUUACCAGCAUCACACCUGGCAAGCUCUCUUUCCUCCCAGGCUAAACCAGCAAUAUCUACUUUAUACCUCAGCAGGAACUUUCUCCUUCCCUUCAGUUUUUGCAACGUUGCUUUGCAAUUAAUCUUCCCCCCCCCCCCUUUUUUAAUGGUACCUUUCCCACUUUCCCCCAAGUGUUAGGGCAAGCCUUGUGCAGGGAGAGGAGGGUUUGGUGUGUCUGGAGGGUGACUGUGGCAUUGCUCUCUUGAUUAACAAGGACAUGAAAUAUGUAGCAGCUGAA